AUGCCAGGUAAUGGUUCAAAGCCAGUCAAAGGAAAUUCAGUGACUGUACACUACACCGGUAAACUUACAAACGGUUCCGUUUUCGAUUCAUCACACAAGAGAAACACUCCUUUCAAUUUCACUUUGGGUAUUGGUCAAGUCAUUAGAGGAUGGGAUGAAGGAGUUCUUCAGGUUUGCAUUUAUAAUCUAACAAAUAACAAAUAA